UCGUCACAUUCCUGCGACAGUCAACUGCGAGCCACUUUCAGUAAACUAAAAGUACGCUUACUUUGUGAUCAGUUUAUAAGAAGAACAGUGACGGAGAGAAUCAGAUUUUGGUUAUUUCGCCAUGAAGAUGAAGGCGUUAGUGGGGUUUUUGACCCUCGUACACGUUUCCCAGCAAUUUUCAGCUGUUGUAAGCGUGUAUGAGGGGGUGGAGUCUGUCCAGCUGCCCUGUCAGUCAUCUAGGUUACCUGAGGACACAACAGUGGUGUGGGAGCGAUACGAUUCCCAUCCCUCAACCGUCUACCAGCAUCAGCAUCAGGUAUAUGAGCAUUAUCUUCAAAACCAGCAUUACAGCGGCCGGACAUCAAUGUCAACUGAUGCUCUGGAAACUGGAGACCUCAGCCUCACUCUGAAAGAACCCCAACUCUCUGACAGUGGCGUCUACAUCUGCCAAAGGUUCAGAAAGGAAGAGGAAUUAUCACCCCGAUUCACAAUGUUACUGGAGGUCAAAGAACGGCCCACAUUUCCUCCUUGGUUAUAUCCUAUGCUGGCUGUUUGCCUUGCUCUGGCUGUAGCUGCCUUGGGUUGGUACACAACCAUCACAGUCUCUUCUGUAGUGGUGGAAGAGGGAGUGUGCUUUGUAAAACUUCCUUACAAUACCAUGGCCCCUCUGCCUGAAGACGUCACCGUGGAGUGGAGUCCUUGUGCCCUCGAGCCAAUGAGGGUCCACGAAUAUUGUAACGUCCCCCAGGAGGUGGUGGAGGUCGGGGAUUGGGCUAAAUGUGUCACACUGCCCUUCAAAACCAGAGCUCGACUGCCUGCAGAUGCAACGGUGAAAUGGAAACGUUUCGAGUUAUCCAAUUCCUCGACAGUUCAUGUGUAUCAGAAUGGCCAAGACAAGUCUGAGGAGCAAGACGACUCUUACAGAGACCGCACAAAGAUGAUGAAAAACCCCCUGCAAGCUGGAGAUCUCAGUCUGACCCUGAUUAACCCCAGUCAUGGAGAUAUCGGUGCAUACACAUGCACCGUUGAAAGUGACGGAGACGUCAUAUGGAAGAGAUCGGUGAGGCUCAAGCUCAAAGCGAUAGGGUUUUAAAGAAGAAAGGACCAAAGACGAACCAGAUGGCGCCGUGAACAAGCAGCUUCUCUGAACCAGUGAUAUGUUCACUGUUGAAUUUGUUCACUGAUGUUAACGCUUCAGUAUUGAAUUCAAGUCUCUCCUUCCUUCUCUCUCUGCCUGCAGGUACUAUGUGGUGUAAAAAAUCUGACGUUAAUGUUCAAAAUGGUUUUGUGAUUUCAUAAUUGUUUUAAUAAUGUACGUUUCUGGCUGUACCACAUGCUCCCUUCUCACAUGAUCACCUUUACAUUAUCAAUAAAUAAUCUGAUGAUAUAAUUGUUA